UGUUACUUUGGAAUAGUUGCGGGCGGCUAUGUAAAUAUGCAAAGACAAAAUUAUUAGUUAAAAUUACUUGAUAAAUAAUACUAUAUGGUUUUGGAAGAAAUAGAUAAACCCAAAGGUGAAUGGGAUCUAUAGUUUGAAGGAGUCAUUGUAUCUAUAUCUCUGCUAUUCUUUUCCAUCAGACGUUAAUAAUUUUCAAUUUAAUUACUAACAAAGAGUGACGACGGUGGCAAAAAUGAACUUUGGAAAAUCUCUGUUAGUUCCUAGUGUUCAAGAGCUUGCCAAACAGCAUCUAACCAAUAUUCCGGCCAGGUAUGUCCGCCCAGAAGAAGAAUCUCCGGUCAUAUAUGCCGGAGCAUCGGUCCCAGUUAUCGAUCUUCAAAAGUUGAUUUCCAUGGAUUCUGAGCUGCAAAAGCUUCACUCGGCUUGCCAACAAUGGGGUUUCCUCCAGGUUAUAAACCAUGGAGUGACAUCUUCGUUGUUGGAGGAUUUCAAGAGAGAGGUUAUUGAUUUGUUCAAACUUCCAAUGGAAGAAAAGAAGAAACUAUGGCAACAGGAAGACAGCUUUGAAGGUUUUGGGAAUGCAUUUGUAGUAUCAGAGGAGCAGAAACUUGAUUGGAGUGACAUGUUUGGUAUAAUGACUCUUCCUCUUCGUAUUCGCAAAGUGGACUUGUUUCACAAGUUGCCCUCAGAUCUCAGGGGCAUUAUAGAAGCAUACUCCAAUGAAAUCAAGAGCCUAGCAAUGAUCAUCGUAUGUCACUUGGCAAAGGCUUUAAGGAUAGAUGAAAAUGAAAUGAGAGAGCUAUUCAGUGAUGGUGUGCAGUCAAUGAGGAUGAAUUAUUAUCCGCCUUGCCCUGAGCCAGACAGGGCAAUUGGCUUAAGCCCUCAUUCUGAUGCUGAUGCCCUCACCAUCCUUUUCCAGCUCGAUGAAACUGAAGGUCUCCAAGUUCGAAAAGACGACAUUUGGGUGCCUAUAAAGCCCCUCCCAAAUGCUUUGAUUGUUAAUAUUGGCGAUAUGAUGGAGAUAUUGAGCAAUGGUGUUUAUAAGAGCAUUGAGCACAGAGCAAUUGUAAACUCAAACAAAGAGAGACUCUCUGUUGCAACAUUCUCUACCUUCAACCUUGAUUCCGAAUUAGGACCUGCACAUAGCCUCAUUGGAACAAAUAAUCCUCCAAUUUUCCGAAGAGUUGUCGUGCAAAAAUAUUUACAGGACUUUUUUGCACGAAAACUUGACGGAAAAUCAUACCUUGAUGUCAUGAAGGUAGAGGUGAGGAAUGGAGAAUCCUAGGUAGUAUUUGAUAAUAUAAUUUACUCUUGGCGUUGAAAUCUGGACUUCCAUUACUAUAAAUAAGAAGAUUCGAGUCUUCUUCAUUUAUUUUGUUUUAAGCAUGUUCUUCCAUCUCAAAAAAAUUCAUAUUUUUUUUUGGAAAAGAGAUUAAAAAUUCUCCAAUCUACUUUUUCCCCCCCUCAAAUUAGCUAAUGGUCAUUUGCAAUGUAAAAUAGUCACAUGCCAUAUUACGAUUCGUCACAUAUGUAACUUAAUUCAAAAGUUAAAUCCACCAAAUUCUCAAAUC